AUGGAGGAUAGAAUUAGCGAUUCUGCUGAUGACAAUUCUUUGCAACCGCCACCGGCGGCAAAACCAUACCUGUCUUUCUCGAUAGAGAACAUAUUAAGUGAGGGAAGAUUUGGACCGAGAGCCAAGCGAAGCAAUGAGCACGCCCCGAAGUGUGCGGAUGGCUCAAGGAAACCGUCUAUGUCGACCUUACUUUCACGCCUACCUUGGCUUGCCUACACAAGGUACUGUCCUCCGAAAAUUCCAAGUAAGUAAAGGUUUGAUUUUCGCACAUGAAAGCAUAAAUUUACCUGUGAAGCUGGUAUACUGCUCAAAUGAAGCUCUUCAUAGUGUUCUCUGCAUAGCUUAGAUGGUAAAACAAACCACCACAAAAUCGGAACUUCACGAGGUUUGAUUCGUCACAGAUUAUUUAGAUUUGAGUCUCUGUCCCACGUUAGUGAUACAUGUUCAUCUGCGGUUUUCUUUGUGAAUUGUCUUGGUUUCUUUUUGUUUCGUUUUUUUUUUUCGUCAAUGCCAUUUUUCAUCUGAAUGUUGUACAUCCAUGAUUAGGUUGAGCAAAGACUUGAGGUUUUGUCGUUGCAGUUUUUAACACCUUGCUGUGAGGACGAAACCAAAGGAUUCAAACUCAUCAUGAAUCGUCCUAGUGACUUACUCUUCAGAAUAUUGACUUGACAUUUAUCCCUUAUCAAUACACGUGGAUACAAUGACAGAUUUUGUUCAGUUGCCAUAAUCUUUCUUCAGCCUUGCUAAAUCAAAUCGUGCGCGGAGGACUUCAUAUUUUUCAUUGAAGGCUAAAAUAAGGCGAGGUCAAUGAAAAAGACUUUCUUCGUGAGAUAAUCUAAGAAUCUACGACUUAACUUUAUUUUCUAUAUUCACUUUCACCAGAGCACUCUUUUUAAAAUGCGAUUUUGUUCAAUAAGCCACUUACUUGUGCUAAAAAUUGCAAACUACUUUGGUUAAUUUCUGCAUCAAUAGUCAUGAAAUUCAUUGACUAAGCAAACGUUUUUAGUUGCAUUAUGAUCUGUAGUAUUUCUUUUGGCCUUUAGAAGAGAGAGAUUGAAAAGAGUUUGCUGAAUAAGUAAAAUACUGUUUCUCAUGUUUGGCUGUCAAACGCCUAUCCUGAGAUGGAAAAAAAUGAUUCCAUUUACUUGUUUCAAACCAAAAUCUGAAGAAGAAAGAAGAACACCCUAGAACUAUCAACAGUGUCCAUCGACGCCAAAUCAUGUAUUCUAAGAGUAAGAGCAAUUAUUCUGUUGUUUUAGGUGCCGUAAUAAUACAUUUAUUCGAGUUAAUCUUGUAAGCAAUAUCUCAACACUGUGGUAUGAAGCUUGUAGUCUGAAAGAAAUGUAAUAUAGCUUGAAAGCAGCAUAGCCUCUUCUCCUUUGCAUUCAAAUGAACAAAAUUAAUAAACUUACAUUUAACACGGGCCAUCAAGGAAACAUUUUACUUUUUGUUAAUGAAGAAAAAAAACCGAAAAGCGCAGUUUCUAAAUACUCUCUUAAAGGGCUUCAUUAAGUAUCACUUUGCGGCCUCAAAUUAUAAUUUUCUUUAGAGAAAAUUUCAUUUACAGACUUUGAUGGAAAACAAGAGUGAUAUUAGUCUUAAAGCGAUUGAAAAUUGUUUGAUUCAAUUCGAAGUGGUUCUUUGUUUCAAAAAAUUAUUGACUUAAUUACGUUUUUCUGUGCUCUUUAAGAGCAAGUUAACGAUUUCCUAUCUCCAAACAAAAGGAUUUUCAAAGACGUUAAGUCCUUAAUCUCUAUUAUUAAGUUUUACUAUCAACGAGUUGUUUGAAAUUAACAGUUUUUAUUUAAACUAAUUUCUUUGAGUACGUUUAGCAUAUUUCUUCCACAGUUUGCUAUCAACCGCUCGACAGGCGCGCGAGGGGUGCGGUUCUUGGGUCAAUCAGAGAAGUAAUACAGAUGGUAUUUUAUCCACCUCCCACAUUUGAAUCCUUUCUACUCUUUCCAAUCUUCUAAAGCCGGCGCCAGUCUAGAUUAAGCACGCUUCACACUUUGAUCCGUUUACAACAACCCAUUCCAACCCGAUAUCUGAUUUGUGUUCUCGUUUCUUUGAAUUAAAGUUCAAAACAGUAAGAUACUUUUGUUUUUGUAGCAUUCUUGCCAGAACACGUGUCGCCUUCAGGUGGUUCAUCAAGCGAUUAUUUAAUAACUGGUCGACGUAAAAAAAGGGGAGAGAUUUCUAUUCAUUUGAUUAUUGUUUCGAGAGUAACUUGAAGAUUUAAAUGUGGCUUUCUCUUGAAUUGACUUCAGUGGCAUUGAGUGACCUACCAGUAGGGAGUUUUAUCGACAACCAAGAUACAAUUUCAUCAGUUGUCAGAAAUAAACCUAGAAUGUGGUCUAGCUUAAUAAGGAGUGCUUUAAAUUCACUUUUUAGAGCUUAUCCAAUUACAUAUAUGUAAUCGGAAAGUCUUUGGUUCGGGUACCCAUACGUGACAGGCACGCUUAUUUCAAAUCUUUAACCACGUCUUUUUCUAAAAUUGGGACUGUAGUUUUCAAUGAACUGAUUGCUUCCUCCAAGUUAAUCUGUCCUCUGGAACACCAUCUCGCGGGCUGAAGAAAUACAUGAGAUCGUCCUAAGAGAUAAACCUAUUUUACUGCAUUCCUCAUCACAAAGCUAUACGCCCAUCGAUUGGUGUAGCAACCACCCAUAAAAACUAGAAGGCUUAAUCGAGUUUCCUAUCCUAAAGGGGAAUCAUAUUUCUCCUAGUCUCGAGCCAGUGACAAAUAAUUAAUAUGUUACUUCGGUUGGGACUGUGUCUGCCAUCCAUUGAGUUCAAUUGGUAUAGCACCCACUCCGGAAAUCAGGUUUAGUCGAGUUUUGCAUUCCUAAGGGGAAUUAUAUUUCUUCUUGUCUCAAGUUAGUGACACGUGCUUAAAAUCUUUCUUUAGUUGACGCUGUAGUUUUCGAUCAAAGAGUUCAGUUAGCAUAACGCCCAUUAACAAAAUAGGAAAAUAAGGAAAGGUUGUGCAUUUUCAAAGGGAAUCAUAUCUUUCCUGUCCCAAGCUGGUAACAAAUGUCUAAAAACGUGAAAAGAGAGUAUAGUUGCAAAGAUACUAUCAACUUAGAAACAUGUAUUUUUUGUCUCGUCUCGAGUGUGGGACAAAGCCAAGGUUCCCAGUACCCAUGAGGGAUUGAACCUCAAACUUUUGGAUUCCGUGCUCCGAUGCUCUACCACUGAGCCAUAGAAAAUACUUUGAGCCAAGCCAUCUCCUGGCUCAUAUGUAGAUGUUAGAUUCAAUAAAUAUGUAGUCUUUGUUCAGCAUCAUAUCUCCAAAAACGCCUUCUAUUUUAGAAAAAGGAUGUUGUUCACAUUUUUAUAUCAUUAAUGCUACGUUAAAAGAUGAUAGCUGUUGCAAGGCCACAGCUACAUCGAAGAGAACCUUAUCAUUUCGUUCAUAUAGUUUUAUUCCCGAUAAAAAAAUGAAAACACCCAAAACGCCGGAAAAUCAGUGAUACCCUUUGUGGUGUGAAAGCCUUGAUCACGUGCUCCUCCAAACAUGCAUGUGGUUAACAACGUUUAUGUCAGCUUUUUAUGACCACGACAAGGAUACAAUCGAGAAUGAAUCAUUUAACGUAUUAGAGAGCUUCUUGAGCAUCUAAGUGUGUUAGAAUGUUGAAGGCUGUUAGAUGAGAAACAAUGAUCUUGUUAUUUCGUACUCUUUACAAACUGGAUAUGGAGAUUUGGGUAUAAUUUUAAAAAUGUAUGGUAAAGUUCUCCACUGCAUAAUGGGUGUUGUUUCUGGCCAGUUCUGAUUUUCACUUUGAUGCUUAAACGAUUGAGCCACAGAGAGUUCGUAUGCGCAAGUGUCUGGUAUACUGUUAGGAUCAUGUAGCAAUGUUGAUAGGGUUCCAUGUGGAAUAUAGUAAUUUUUUUUUUAGUUUAAACGUCGAAUACAGAAAGCCUACAAUGUUGUGAGACCUGAACUCGAAAGGUCACUAAAAAGUGGACUUGACAAAAUUUUGCAUGCAGAACAUCAUCAUCAGUUUAUGCUCCUCAUCAAGUCAGAAUCUGACUCAGCAAUUAAAAUCUUAUGAUUAUCUUUCAUUUUUCCAGGAUCGAAAACUCGGAAAGGCUCUCGCCGACACAAACUAGACAGGAAUCCCAGGAUUCCCUUCUCUUCAUCCCAGCUGGCGGCACUGGAGGCCAAAUUCCUUCAGACCCAGUACCUUUCAGGGUCCGAAGUGAGGGAUUUAUCGUCCUCUUUGAGAGUCACGGAGCACAGAGUCAAGAUUUGGUUUCAGAAUCGAAGAGCUCGCGAAAAAAAGACACAAGCAGAGGGUUCAGUAAACUCCGAUUCACCUCACAUACAAAACGCAUAAUAUUUUAGACUUCUAAGCUAUUGUGCACAAAUGAGAGGAAGUUUUUAUUUCUAUCAAGAAAAACUUAUAAAAUGGCACCGACUUUUAGUGGUGUCGAUUCCUCUUCGAUUCUGUAAACAAGAACAAUAUUCAAUUGAAUGUCAAAAGCAAUCUUGCUUUGGUUUCACUUGACUUUGUUCUGUGAUUGGUCCAGAAAACUUGUGCCAUCCGGCUCUCAACCAGUUAGAUGCAA